UUCAACUUGACAGACUGUUGAUAGACGGCAAUCUUUAACUUUCAUAAGUUAUUCUGCACACAGUAAAUGAUAACAUUGAAACAUAUGCUACUUAAUGAUUGUUGCAUGUUUGUUGCCCUACUAAAGGUUUCAUUUGUUUGACAAAACAUUUUAUAUUUAGUGAUAAACUAAUCAUUUUCUAUAAAUGGUUUCUGCACUUUUGCCUUUCAGACAGAAUCUCACACAAGCUCCCAUCUUUCACUGGUAGUUAUUUUCAGAACAUCACUGGACAAACUUUACCACAUAUUAAAGCUUUUUUAUGCACUAUGUAGGACUUUUAUUUUGUUCUAGUGUUAUGACGUCAUAAAGCCGCGCCGCGCUGUGAGUCGACUGAAGAAAGAGUGUCCAAACACACAGAGAAACUGGUGAAGUAACCGAGAUCCACGUGACACACAAUUACAAAGAUGGCGUUUAUUAAGGAGGAGAUUGAAGACGUGAAGAUUGAAGACGUGAAGAUUGAAGAAGUAUUCAGUCUGAAACAAGAAGAUACUGAGGAACAAACAGACCUGAUGCCACUGAAAGAGGAGAGUCAAGAUCUCAAUGAAGUGGAAGAAAAUAAUCAAUAUGAGAAACCUCAUCAGUUCAUGACUGGAGAAAAAGAUUUUAGUGACUUAAAGAUUGAAAAGACAUCCUCACAAAACAAACGAACUAGAAACAUUAAAGGCCACAUGAAAGUUCAAACUGGAAAAAGCCCUUUCACUUGCCAACAGUGUGAAAGAAGUUUCAGUCACAAAAAAACCCUUAACAGGCACAUGAAAAUUCACACCGGAGCAAAGCCAUUCGCCUGCCAACAGUGUGGAAAGAGAUUCUCUGAUAGAACAAACCUUAACACACACACGAGUGUUCACACUGGAGAGAAACCUUUCACCUGCUCUCAGUGUGGAAAGAGUUUUACACAGAAAAAACAUCUUAAUGCCCACAUGAGUCUUCACACUGGACAGUGCCUCUACACCUGCAAACUGUGUGGAAAAAGUUUCUCACAAAAAGGAAAUCUUAAGACUCACAUGAGAACUCACACUGGAGAAAAGCCAUUCACAUGUGAUCAGUGUGAAAAGAGUUUCACACACAAAAAAAACCUUAAUGUCCACAUGCAAUAUCAUAUGAUCAGAUUAAAAGAAAAACUUAACCAUUCCAUUCACACAAGAGAGAGGGGUUUCAUAUGUCAUCAGUGUAGAAGGAGCUUCGAAGACAGGAUAUGCCUUAAGAAUCAUGUAAUAACUCAUGCUGGAGAGAAGCCUUUCAUGUGCGAUCACUGUGGAAAGAAUUGCGCAAAUCAAGCAAACCUUGAGAUUCACAUAAGAGUUCACAAUGGAGAGAAGCCAUUCAUCUGCACUCAGUGUGGAAAGAGUUUUCCGUACAAAGGAAACCUUAAGAUUCACAUAAGAGUUCACACUGGAGAGAGGCCUUACAAGUGUCUUCAGUGUGAGAAGAGUUUCAUGUAUCACUCAGGCUUGAAACAUCACUUACAGACUUACGCACACCGCAAGCGUGAGCUUCACGUCAGCGUCACUGCAGCUGCAGACUCCUGA